GAAGGCGCCGGCACUGGGCUUCCAGCGGCGGCCCAAUAGGCUCUCUCAUCAACCUCCAGAUGCCAGGCACUUCCUCGCCCACGGCCGCUCCCGCUCGCCACGACAGGGGCAUGGCGGGUGCUGAGUUGCGGGCAGCGCUCGAGCAGAGGCUCGACGCCCUCGCCAUCCGCGCGGAGGUCGUGGAGCACCCGGAGGUGUUUACAGUUGAAGAAAUGAUGCCUCAUGUCCAACAUUUGAAAGGAGCACACAGUAAGAACUUAUUUCUUAAAGACAAAAAGAAAAAAGGCUAUUGGCUGGUGACAGUUCUUCAUGAUCGACAAGUUAAUUUAAAUGACCUUGCCAAGCAGUUAGGUGUCGGGAGUGGAAAUCUGCGGUUCGCUGAUGAAACAGCCAUGCUAGAAAAGCUAAAAGUUGGCUCAGGCUGUGCCACACCCUUGGCACUAUUCUGUGAUGAUGGAGAUGUGAAAUUUGUUCUGGACUCUGCUUUUUUGGAAGGUGGACAUGAAAAGGUGUACUUUCAUCCAAUGACCAAUGCUGCAACCAUGGGGUUGAGCCCUGAAGACUUUCUUACAUUUGUGAAGAAGACAGGACAUGAUCCCAUAAUACUGAAUUUUGAUAAAAACAACUAAUUGGGCCAAUGUUUAGAAUACAUUUACAUCGGAAAGCUGUUUUUCUUAUUUCUAAUUUGUAAAAAGCAUUAAAAGUAAUAAGAAUAUUUAGCACCUUGA